AGCGUUAUGUUCGUUACUCUCAGAAAUUUGACCGUUGGUUCCCGCCUCAAGAACUCUUUACAGUGCCUUUCUACUUCUCUAUCUUUCUGCCACGAAUUCAAGAGCUCAACUCACCAAUUUCUCCACCAUCUUUUAGAGAAAUGCACCUCCAUGAGAGAACUCAGACAACUUCAUGCCCAAAUCAUUCUUCACCGUCUCACCCUCGAAAAUCUCACUCUCGGAAAGUUAAUAGCCUUCUGUGCCGUCGCCGACGCCGGCGAUAUCCGGUAUUCCCAGAUUGUAUUUGACCAAGUUAUUGAACCCAAUAAGUUUAUGUACAAUAGUCUCAUAAGGGGUUACUCAAAUAGUGAUGCCCCAUUAAAGUCUUUGCUACUGUAUCGUAAAAUGAUUUGUUCGGGACUUUCUCCGAACGAGUUUACUUUGCCGUUUGUUCUUAAGGUUUGUGCCGGAACGGCUGCGUUUUGGGAUGCUGUGGUUGUUCAUGGUCAUGCUAUUAAAUUAGGAACUGGGUGUCAAGUUUGUGUGCAGAAUGGUCUCAUAAAUGUCUACAUAAGCUUCGGGUUGAUUCGAUGCGCACGCGAUGUGUUUGAUGAUAUUUCGCACAGGACACUGGUUUCGUGGAAUACGAUGAUUGGUGGGUAUUCUAAAGUGGGUUGUUGCGAGGAGGCUUUUUUGUUAUUUAGAGAGAUGAGAGAAUCAGGGUUGAAGCCUGAUAAGUUCACUUUAGUUAAUUUGCUCUCUGUUUGUUCACAGAGUUGUGAUCUGGAUUUAGGUAGAUUUGUGCAUCUUCAUAUUGAGAUAACCGGAGUUGAAAUCGAUCAAAUUGUGAGAAAUGCUCUCUUGGAUAUGUAUGCCAAGUGUGGGAGUUUGAAAUCUUCACAAACUGUUUUUGAUACGAUGUCUGAUAAGAAUGUAGUUUCAUGGACUUCCCUUGUUUGUGGGUAUGCUAAGAACGGGCUCAUUGAGUCUGCCAAAGCGGUUUUUGAUAAGAUGCCUGUGAAGAAUGUGGUUUCUUGGAAUGCAAUGAUCUCGUGUUAUGUACGAGAAGGCCGAUUCAAUGAAGCUUUGGCUCUCUUCAGCAAAAUGCAGAGGUCUAAAGUGAUUCCGGAUAAAGCUACCCUGGUUUCCAUUCUCUCAGCCUGUAGUCAAAUUGGUAAUUCGGUCAUGGGGGAAGAAAUCUACAAAUACAUAUGCAAUAGCAAUAUGGAACUUGGUGUAACUCUUUGGAAUUCACUAGCAGACAUGUUUGCGAAAUGCGGUGCCCUUGAAACGGCCUUGCAUCUCUUUCUCAAGUCUCCAGAAAAGAAUAUUGUUUCAUGGAAUGUCAUUAUUGGGGCCCUUGCACUGCACGGUUGUGGACCAAAAGCAAUUGAGAUGUUUGAAGAUAUGCAAGCAAGAGGAGUUUUGCCGGACACAUUCACAUUCACUGGAUUGCUUUCGGCAUGUAGUCACAGCGGUCUUGUAGACGCAGGGCGGUACUACUUCGACAGAAUGAAAUCUUUUUAUGGGAUUUCGCCUGAGCUCGAGCACUAUGCCUGCAUGGUUGAUCUCUUCGGCAGGGUAGGGCUCUUAGGUGAAGCAGUCAGGCUGAUUGGAGGAAUGACUCUAAAGCCGGACGUAGUGAUUUGGGGUGCUUUGCUUGGUGCUUGUAGGAUUCAUGGCAACGUAGAGAUUGGCAAGCAAAUACUGAAACAACUCUUGGAGUUGGGGCCACAUAGUUCUGGACCAUACGUUCUUCUUUCCAACAUAUUUUGUGAAGCCAAAAGAUGGGAAGACGCAAAAAAGAUUAGGGCACUAAUGAAGGAUGGUAAGGUAACAAAGAGUAGAGCAAUUAGCUUCAUUGAAAUCAAUAACCAUGUUAAUGAGUUUAUGGCUGAUGACCAAAGACACCAACUUUCAAGUAGUAUAUACACUAUGAUUGAUCAAUUAACAGAUCAUUUGAGGUCUUGUUCAUUUUUUGACAUAGAUGAAAUGCAGGGCUUGGUGUAGUUGAAUCAACCUUAUGAUAAUUAUCAACUAUUCUUUUUUCUUUU